UGUCGGAGCAGGGGGUAGAAGAGAGUUCCCUAGAUUGUUUGAUCGAAUUUCAGUUCCCCAGUACAUCUGGCUGGCAGUUUAAAUUGUAAUCCUGUCCCGCGUGCGUAUAUUUUGUAGAAACAACCCAACAAGAUGGAUGACAUGAAGAGGCCCUCAGUGACCGGUGGCACGGUGACCAUAAGGCCACGGCUUAUAUACGGUCUCCGGUCGGAUGUCAUUGGUAAUAUCCAUUUUAAUCUGACCAAGGAGGUCAUCUAUCCAGUGGAGGGUGUCCUGGCAUUCCACGAUUACGUGCAAAACAAGCAACGGUUUCUGAGAUUACCAGAGGAUACUCGACCAGAGGUUAUUGCCAUAAGCUCACAUCGCAAACUGUUGGCCGUGCUGGAGAGACAUACUAAAAAUGGCCGCUAUAUAUCCAUUUAUGAACUAGCCACCCUGAAGAAACGCCGCCACUUGGAACUGCCAGCCAAUCACAAAAACAGUGAAGUCCAGCAAAUGAUUUUCACCAAUGACUCCAGAUCUGUGGCUGUGGUGACCAAGCCGCCAGAGGAGGCGGUUAUCAUGAUGGUCCUGGACAAGACCAGUACCAUUAUCGAAGGAAGAGCCACAGUUCCAGGGUCGCAUGGUGGUGCAGAGUGCAUCGCCGGAAACCCGAACGAUUGCAGCUUUUUGGCAGUUGGAGGGGAACGAACCCUGUUAUUGAUGAGCAAGUCGGAAAGGGGUUUCAGCAUCAGCAAUAAUCUGAAGGUCAAGUAUCGGGUCUGCUCAAUGGCCUUCUUGUCGCUGGAUCUUCUAAUGGUGGGAUCGGCGGAUGAUCAACUGAUUCUCGUCGAGAACGGUGAACACAAGUUGAUCCAAAAAGCCAGUGAUGCGGACACCGUGGAUCUCAUGAUCGACCAAGAGAUAUUCGAUCGUGAUCGGGAGUUGCAGGAUCAACGCUUUGUGACCACGCAGCCAGUUACUUUGUUUGACCGGAGAGUCCUUUGCAUGACCGCCUUUCCCAAAGGAUUUGCCUACGUCAUUUUCAAUCGGGUCUUUGUGUUUGAAAGAGUUUCCAAGUUUAAGUUCGAAAGGAAAACCAUCUUGACGGUGCCUAUUAAUUUGUAUUCAGAGCCCCAGUACCAGAUCCGAAAUCUGGCCAUAGAUCACAAGCAGGAGACGGUGAUCGUGACGACAGCCCACUCUCAGAUCUACGUGGGCAUUCUCAUAGUCCCGGAGACGCUAAAAACCAAGCAGCUAAAGUUUGAACCUCUGGGCGUGCUCAUCCAUACGGCGGAGAUAAUUGCCAUAUCAGUGUGCGCCUGGAAGCCCAUCAUCAUGACUGCCUCCAGAGAUCAGACCAUUCGGAUCUGGAACUAUGAGACUGCCCUCGUGGAGCUGGUGAGGAAAUUCCAAGUGGAUGUCAACAUUGUCGAGCUGAGUUUGACGGGUCAGAUGGCGGCCAUUGGCUUCUCGGAUCAGCUGCGUAUAACCCAGAUCUUUAUGGAUGACCUAAAUAUUGUAAAAACCUACAACUUUCCCCACUGCAAUGCUGUGCGUUACUCCAAUCUGGGUCACCUAAUGGCCGCCGCCUACGACAAUAACAUUGCCGUCACCUCGGUGUACAAGCUGGAUGUGAUGAUUAACCUCAAAGGACACAAUGGCAUUGUGUUGUCCGUAGCCUGGUCAAAGAACGACAAGUACUUGAUCUCAGGCGGAGCCGAGGGUGCCAUUUAUCUGUGGGACAUAGAGACUGGUACCCGAGCCCAGGAGAUAGUACAGAAGGGCACUGAAUACGUGACCCUCUCGUGCAGCUUUGGUGAUCCCUUUACCAUCUAUGCUGGCACCAGUGUGGGCACGAUCCGUGAGUUCCAAGACUCGACGCUUGUAAGGGAGAUCACUAUUCCUUCCAGGAAUAAAGGCUCCGUUACGGAUAUGUGCUUGGCCCGAUCGGAUCUUAUAAUGUUUAUAUCCGAUCACGAGGGGAACCUCUUUAACAUGCAGCUUCCGUUCAUGGAGGCUGGCGGCGGAACCUUCACCAACUUCCGGUUCUUCGAUGGGCCAGUAAACAAGAUGCGAUUCUCCUACUGCGGCAAUAUGCUGUUUGCCAUCUCCAGCAAGGGCACCCUGGCCAUUUGGUCAAUGGACAACAUCGAGGGCAAGGUGCCAUAUAUGGACCAGGACUUGAUGCGCAGCCAAGAGGUUCUGAUCCCCCGGAGUCAGUUGAACGACAAGAUCGAGCAGAUAGCCAACUUGGAGUUGCGACUGAAGCAGCAGGCAGAGGAGUUCCAGUACCAGCUGAGCCAGAACGAAAUCUUUGACGGCCAGCAGCUGCAGGAGGUGCACAGGAGCUACUGCUCAGCGCUGGAGGAGCUCAAGGAGCUGAACAACGAAAUCGAAGCCCGGCAUACGGAGGAGAUGAAUCACAUUACGUUCCAGAUUAAUUCCAUCAGGGAGGAUCAUCGUAUUCAGCUGGACACCCUGGCCACCCAGUACUCGGAGCGGAUGUUGAUCGAAUACCAGAAGUUCACCAAUUUGCGAGAGAAUAUGUUGGAGUUGCGCGAGAGUUACGAGGAUAAGCUGAAGAACUCCACAGGCACUCUGCAGGAUACGGUGGAGGCUCUGGAGAACAACUACAAGCAGCAGCUCAAUGAACGCAAGGAGCUCAUCCGCGAUCUUAUGAAGGAGAUGCAGGACAAAAAGGCCGAGUUCAUCGAGUACUGCCACGAGGUGGAGCUCGAAAAUGAUCGCAAUAUGGUGUCCACCCAAACCGAGUACGAAAACAAGUUAACCACCGAGAGGAAUGAGACGCAGAUGUGGCGCGGGAAGGCUGGAGUCCUUCAGAAGAAAUUCGAGUCUCAGAGCAAGGAAAUCGACAAUCUUCUUGAAGAGGUGGAGAUACUCAAAGAGGAGCACCAGAAAUCCCAACGUAAUAUACAGAAACAGCUUCGCAACAUUGAAGAUCUGCAAAAGGACAUUGCCGAUCGUGACUAUGCCAUCAAUGGCAAAGAAAAGCGAAUCCAGGACCUGCUGCACAAGAACCAGGAACUGGACAAAUACAAGCAGGUGCUGGGCCAUAAGAUCGCCGAGUUAAAGGCCCAGAUAGAACCAAGGGAGUUUCAGAUCAACGACAAGCGAAAGCACAUCAUUGAAAUGGAGGCGGAGCUGGAAGGCCUCAACCAGAAUAAUCUCCAGUUGGAGCUGCAGUUGAAGGAGAUGCGCGACAAGUACCUAAGCAAUUCCGUCGAGCUUCGGACUGAGCGCCAUCGGGCGAAGGCCUCCCGGGAGUGUUUGCAUGCCAUCUGCUCGGAUAUCUACUAUGUGGCCGGGGAGAUUAACUCAAGCGAAGGCCUCAAGAAGGCCGUGAAGGAACUCUUCCGCAAGCACGCCUCCGACGACGAGCUCAAGCGCUUCGUUAGCCUGGAGGCGGAGGUGAAGGAUGAGUUUAUGCGACAACGCAAGCAAAUCGAAAAUGUCCUGGCGCGGUACAAAACGGUGGCUGAAGACAAGACGGUGCAAAGGAAGUACGACAAGCUUUUCAAGGAGAAUGUUGUUUUGCUGGAGGAAAUCGAAAAGCUGCAAGAGACCAACAAAGUACUGCGCAGCAAGCUCAAGGAAGACAUACGGCGAUCAACGCUCCAAAAAAAAUAAUUACAGUCUAUAAAAAUAUGUAUUUCACAUUGAACUUAACGAAAUAUUUAGUUGAAAGGCUAUAUAUACAUA